AGCAACUGCGCAGAUCCCGAAGACUCUCAGCCGCGAGUACGUAGGCAAACUCCGAUUCAGUGAGGACUGACUGUUCCCGUUUGCAGUGCAGCUCGAAAUCUCAGGGAGAAACCGCGGUCUUUCGUCCUCUCUUUUUCUCCUUCUCUCUUUCUCUCUCUAUCUCUAUUUCUCUCUCUCUUUCUGUCUCUCUGUCUGUCUUCUCUCUCCCUUCGUCUAUCCCUGUUCCCCGUUCGUCCGCCCCGCUUUGUAUAGCCGUCCGCUCUGUUUCUCCCGUGUCUUUUGUUGUUAGUUUCUCUCGCCGUGGUAAAGUACGUGCUUAACUUUUUCGUGUCCGUCCGCCUGUCUCCCAGACACGGCAAGUCCGUGCACGCGGAGCCGCUGUUUUCGAUUCCUCUCGAGGGCAGUCCGCUCGCGCGGCCAGUUCGCUCGCGGAUCCCAAUGUGCACGAGCGUACGGAGCUCGUGCUUCGCACAAAUACCGAUUGUUUCCCACGGCUAGUCACGUGGCUGGCCAGUGAUCUCGAGGAAACCUGGCUGGCUUCGGACCCGGCCCCGCGUACGGAUGAAAGGUGCCUGUGCCAGUUGAUCAACCACGUCCGAGCGAAGACUUUUCGCGUCGGUGAACCACGGCGACGAGGACUCGCACGGGCCGGAAGCCGGAGAGGAGGACCCGUGUGUGUGCGAAAUCCACGCCGCGCCGCAGGUCGAUGUGCACAACUCCGGGGAGACGUACUGAAACUCCACGUCUGUCGGUGGCAGUUCCAGUUGAGGAGGAGCUCAUAUGGAAUGGCAUCGCGUGGACCCUCGGCGACGACGACGCUGCCAAUCGCGAUAGCGAUUGCCGUCGCGAUGUCAGUGCUGGCGAACGGUCUCUGCCCGACGCAAUGCCGUUGCGACGACGAGAGCUUGCGCGCUUCCUGCGCUUACGCAGGCCUCGAGGUCGUGCCGAUCCAAUUGAACCCGGAGAUCAGACACUUGGACCUUUCCAACAAUCGCGUCGCCAAUAUUCACCUUUCGUUCGGGUUCUACGGUAACCUGGAGUCGCUCGAUCUAACGUCGAACGCGAUCCACACGUUGGGCUCGGACAAUUUCGUCUUCCAAAAGAAUCUGGCCACGCUGAACGUGAGCAAUAACGCCGUGAGGGCGUUGGCGAAGAAUUCGCUCCAGGGUCUGGACUCGUUGAAGGAAUUGAACUUGGCCAGCAAUAACAUCUCCGACAUGGACGAGCAGGCGUUCAAGAGUACCAGCGAUUUGGAAAUCUUGAACCUCAGCGACAACUCGCUCACGAGUUUACCGGAGGGACUGCUGAGGAACUUGCAUAAAAUACGAACGUUGAUUUUGAACAGGAACUCGCUGCUGGAGAUACCGACCGACAAUUUGGCGUUGGCGCCCAGUUUGGAGAACGUGGACCUGUCGGACAAUCUCAUACAGGAGCUGGACAGAAGCUCGUUGCCAUCGCUGCCCUCGUUAGUCUCGUUAAAUCUGGCGAACAACGUUAUCAGGAAUAUCGCUGACGACGCGUUCGACCGCCUACCGGACAUACUCCGGUUGGACCUGUCCGGGAACAACUUGACCUCAGUGCCCACGGCCGCGUUGGCCAGGCUCAACGUACUCUCGCAUCUGACCCUCGACAGAAAUCCUCUGGGUAGUUUAAAAGCUGCCGGGUUUCGCAAUCUGUUCGAGUUGAGGAGCUUGGAACUGAACGACUGCGCGAUCGAGAGCGUGCACGCGCGCGCGUUCGCCGACAACGUGAACUUGGAACGGAUUUCGCUGGACGGCAAUCGUGGCUUGAAGGAGCUUCCGGCGAGGGUCCUGUUCGGCGCCAGAUACCUGAAAUGGGUCUCGCUUCGCCGGUGCAGCCUGUCGACGCUGCAGCCCACGCAAUUCCCAGUGGACGGUCUGUCGUUGCUUCGCGUUGGCGGCAAUCCUCUGGUAUGCAACUGCUCGGUGCACUGGCUGUGGAACGUUAUCAGAGCGGAAGAGCGACGGAACGAGUCGAGGCUCGAGCUGGACACCCGCGAUAUCAUCUGCACCGACGAGGAGUUCGCCGGCAAAGCACUGAUCGCUCUAUCGGAGGGUUCUUUGCGUUGUCGGUUGAGCCCGCUUUAUCUCUCGUUGUCAGCGGCCGGUUGCCUGGCCGCAACCGCGACUAUUCUGGUGCUGAUAGCACAUUUGACGCGUUCCAAGAGGAAGAAGCGUGCGCCAUACGCGGCGCCGAAUCGACCCGAGUUUCUCGUUUACGUGGGCAGGAACAACGACGAACUGGAUAAGAACGGAGAGUCGUACAGCAGACGGUUGCUGACGAGGAACGAGGAGACUCCGUACGACACUCCGCGCGGCAAGACCCCCGGUCAGCGGAGCCCACAAUCCCAAGACGCGAACAUUUACGAGACGCCGAAGUACGCGAAGCCGAACAACAGUCGUCACGAGACCGAGUCGUCGUACGCGCAGCAGACGGAAGAGGGUGUCUACGCGGUGGCCGACGUGACCGAUCUUCGGGACGAGCCGCCGGAAGUACUCUCGCUUUAUCGCAUGCAGAGCCCCGCGGUUCCGAGAUCAAACGCUCACCGGGUGGACUACGGUUACGACUACGAGUACGAUUACGAUUACGAGCCCCCGCUGCCACAGAAGCCACACGUCGUGUUCGUCUGAGCGGAACGGAGCUGGCCGUCUUACGAGCACGGAGGUGCGGACGUUCGUGCCUCCGGAGGCUACUCCGGAAGCUAAUGAAAAGUCGUACGACGCGAACCCGCAAAACCGCCGUAACUCGGGCGAAACGAGCCGCUAAGCUCCGUUCAGAGAGCUCCUUUACGCGGGGAAGAUUCGCAGGGGAAACGGAUUACCCCGUAGCGUGCGGUAGCUCCGGUCACGUUCGGGGAUUACGAAAGAAAUUCCGCAGUUUCGCGCGUUAAAUCUAUCGGCGUCGCGAGUCACGAGACCAGCCGUUCGAGGGACGAUGCCUUUAAUAGGGCCGGGGAUCUAUUCUAACUGAUUGGCCGAGAUCGACCGCGAUACGGUAAUCCUUCUGUCACCGAAAGUAUCGAUCCCGGUCUCCAUACGGGGUGGGCCGAGAGCGGCGAUGCGAGACCGGAUAAAGUUUAACACGCGGAUACUUGCGGAUCGGAUCAGAUCCGCCGGGAUGGCUCGGCAACUAUGCUAUCACGGAAUCUGGAGGAUCGUCCAGAACCGGGACAGCCGGGCUACCCGAGCUACGGUCGGGACUCAUGGUGGACGAGUUGAAAAUGAGAUGUCUUCCGAGAGAUAGUCGCGCCGCUGGAGAACAGCUGAAUGCAUUUUCGCUGGGGGAACGCAAUCUGACUCGGAAUGUAAAUUGUACGGGCACAUAAACGCGGCCACCGCGUUGUAGUACAACCGGUGGCGCGGGGCGUGGGUUGCGAGGCCCCCUUCUCGCCCCGGCACGGCACACGGGAACGUAUUUAUUUUCACGGAUUGCGUCGGAUUCCGUUGGUUCAGUGUAAAUGCUGCGCGCCGUGUUCCGAGGCGGGCGUUCAUUUCGCAUUUAAACGUAGUGACAAAUCAAAUCAAAGCAGCGUCUGGUUAGUCCGUUUAAACCCUUCUAGACUAUAGCGUCCCGAGACUUCUCUUCCUCUCUCACUCGCGUUCGCUCUGUCCCUCUGACUGUCCCCUGUCCCGCUCUUUCCGUCCUCCGCCGUCAACCUUACUGACUAUUCACUACGUUCACCGUGCCAUCUCCUCUUUUUCGAUUUGCAUUCGUAGGUGUUCGAUGCCGAGGAACCUUGACAGGACUUUUGCGAGACAGUCGGCUACCUCAAGCACAAGGAUUUAACUCAACCGGGAAACUAGCUGUAUCUGUUUCUCUGUCUCUUUCUCUGUCUUUAUAAUCGCGUGCAAAGCAAUACAAAUACGUGGCAAUUAAUACGUACACGUAUGUACGGUGCACACACGCAGCCACACAUGGCGUGCACGUGCACACCGAUGGGAGCAAAGUAAAACACAAACGUUGUUUGUAAUUCGCAAACCGGACGGUUCCUUUUUCCUUUCCGCUUUGAGCCCGUUCCGAAGUCGAGUGAAGAGGACCAUUUUCAGGUGAAGAUUGUAAAUCGAAGCAAUAAUAGACGCGACCUUUACCGUUAGGGGCACACUACGACACCGAGGUACAUGAUAUAUUUAGAGAACGAGAAUUACACGUUUAUACAGACUUGAGCGUAUAAUGAUAUACAUACCUAUAAAUAAUAUAUAUAUAUAUAUAUAUACAUAUACAUAUAUUUAUUUAUUAAUUUAUGAUGUUAAGUUUGGAAAAAAAUGAUGUUACGUUUUGAAUACGAGAUGAAAAUAUACUUGAUGCAUCAGUAAGAACAAUGCGUUCGUAAUCAUCACGAAGAUAAUCGAGCUUUCGAAUUCGCGUGCCAGUGUGUACACCUCCGUUCAUGAAUUAUUGAACCCCGCGUGGUUUCUAAAUCAGAUGAAUUAUUAAAGACACCGCCUACCCAACAUUUUCCGAGACUAUUUUAAUGCAACUUGGAUUUCCUCCGCGUACAGUCAAUAUCUGUCUCCAUCCUAUAAAAAUGACUUCUUUCUAAAAAUAAUUAUAAAAUUAUCUACGAAGUGUUCGAGUAUUUAUUCUCGGGUAAAAAUGGUUUUCAGCUGGAGCCUGUGUGGAAUCUCCAAUUAUUAUUUAAUGCGUUCGUCGAGUAUUCGAUAAGUUACGGACGGAUAUGUACGCACAGCGUAUACUGUACACGUGAUAGCGGGAAUGAUUGCACGCGAAUACGCUGUUACGACGAUCCGUAUAGCUCGCGUACGUUUCGCCGUCGGUGCGCUCGUUCUCGAAACGCAACGCGUCUAGAAAUUUAAUGGAAUAUCGAAUUCCUGCUGAUUAAAGUCUCUCAACGGGAUGGCUCCUCCGGCGGAAAGUUCGAAAGUUAAAUAUUCAAUCCGCCACGGUAAACCUCUGCCCGUACGCUCGCUCGGUGAAAAACCUCGGAUCGCCAUAGGAUUUGAGGAAUAUAGUAAUUCCAUCGCGAGUACUUGUCGGAAUAAUAACUCACGAUUGACGGAAUAAGGUCAGAAUGAAAGAUGGUACCCGUUCCUUCAAAACGUUACGUCUGAUUGGUUCGAACAAUUCCCUCAUCUUCUCUUGUUUCCUCGAUUAAACGAGCCGUGAAAUUGCGGGGAAUGAAAAAUUCUAAUUAAAAUAUCUCGCCGUGGCUAUACGACCUUAAAAAGUGGAAGGUAGAUACUUUCAAACAAUACUUUAAUGGACAACGUGUAACGGUACCUCGUAUUCCCUUUGAACUCUUCUUUCCAUUCGCUUUCGGCUAUUCGUAGUGUGAAUAAUUUUUAUCGCCGCCCGCGGGUUAAAUUCUCGGCGCGAAUGGCGCGACGGAAGUUCGGAUCGUUUAAACCGUGAAACAGAAGCUCGAACGGCGGGAUAGCGAAACCGAAAAGCAAAAUGCCAACAGUAAAUAAUAACCGUGUUCCAUUGAAGUUCUCCCCUCAAAGCGUGACUUUGUAUAACCAACCGGUCCGCAAUUUCAAAGAUGUACAAAUGGCCGAAACGCGGUCCCGGAAAGGGGUCGAAAUAGAAUUUGCACCCGGCGCUAGCCCGUGGCGUUCGAAUUUGAACAACUACCAUCCCGCGCGACCGCUUAAUUUAAGCCACGAUCGACCACGUCGUCCAGCAGUCGACACAAAGAAUCGGAAUUAAAUAUUCCUGCCACCUGUAAGAAGAACACGGAUGGUGAAAUCGAUCAAAAUCAAUUCAAUCGAUACGCGUAUCAUUCGACUGGCCGCUGAAUAAUUAUAAAAAAUUAAUUCUAUCGUGUCUCUUCGGGCUAUCAGAUUUAACGUUAAACGGAAUUUCCAUCUGAUUUAGAACGAGUCGGACGGCGUGUCAACCGUGAGUGGAAACAGCGAGGUAGAACUAGAAAACGGUUCUACUGACCCAGAAACCGCGGCUCUCGUUUACAGACCGCCGAGCCCCGCUCUACGAUCGUCCAUCACCCGGGGAACUUUCAAAGUUUUGACAGAGAGAAGUUCGCGAUCCGGUUGUCACGGCCAGACUGGCGAACUUGCUAGCAACGAUCGAGGAGGAUCUGAUUACGCGGCGAUUUUUCAAUUCCCAUUUCAUUUUCCGCCGAUCGACGUCGAUAAAACGGAACCUGGAGGCUGUCGGAGACUUUUCUGAUACGAAUGCGAAAUCCAGUUUAUGGCACCGCGAUGUUUCGAAGUUUGUGGCCUAUAGAUCCGAGCAAAUCGUGGAAUAAAACUUUUCCUACGGCGGAUCGGUUUAGACGCGUGCACGUGAAACGUUCAACGCGUCGCUGCAUCAAUUUCAAAGGAUUUAUAUUUGUAUAUAUUUUUUUAAACGAAACCAUCUCGGUGUGUGAACAUUUAAUCAUUUAAAUACAAAUUCCACUACGCUCAGAACGAUCAUACCGUGUAUAAUAGAGAAUCUAGCACCGUUUCACGCACGGUGCUCCCGGAUUGAUCUUAGUUGGAUUAAGCGAGCGUUCGGAGACAGAAAGGAACCAGGGCAGGGGAUAUAAAGCUCGAGGAGCUGACAGGAGGAAGGCCUCGGUAGAAGGAAACCUAGAUUAAAGGCCAAUUAGAAAAAAAAGAGGGAAUGAAAAAUGAAAAGUACGAACGGGAGAAGGAAAAAGGCGAGCCAUCGGACCACCUUCUGACAGGGCAAAAUAUUAGAGUUGGAAGCGUUUCAUUGGGCCCACCUUCCCGGUCGGUUAGCCAAGAUUCCACGGUGGCACUUCGCCCGACUCGUUAGUCAUGGUAGUUAGUCAUGCUACAUGGAUCUCGCCCGUACAAACGGCAGAAGAGAAGAGGAAGAUUGAAAAGAGAAGGGUGGCCGCUCGAACGGUGAAUCUCGCGCGAGAAAGACGAAAGCGGCUUCCUCCUUUGGUCCGCUUCCUCUUUCCCGUUCCUCGCGGUCGAUCCUUUCUUCUUCCCUUCUCGUUUUCUUUUCUUUUUUUCUCUCCCUUCCGGUUUUCGUGUCACCGGGGAUUUCGAUGCGUUUCGAGAUGCGCCCCAUCGACGGCUAUUUUUGUAUGUAUAUAGUGACAAGAGCUGCGCAACGUCUAAUGCACAUCACGUUCCUCAGGCGUGUAAACGUCCGUCUUUAGUAUUCGUUGUAUCUUUCUUUUUCUAUUUUUUUGCUGUUCGUUGUUCCCGACUCUAUUUCUAUGUUUGUCUGUCUGUCCGUCUGUCUGUCUGUCUGUCUGUCUGUCUGUCUGUCUAUCUACGAUAGUAUCUCCGCCGGUUUCAUAACAACGAUACGAGAAAAUACAUUAUUAUUAAAACGAUUUCCAUGAUUCUCGGAAUAUGCAGCUCCGGAUGAUCGUAAAUCGACACGACAGCGUCUGUCGCGAUGAAGAUGGUUGACUGGGUACGUCCCCGAUCGAUCAUUCGAGUGUUGGUCCUCCGUUCACUCGAGUCUUCACCGAUGCUAAUGCGGUUAAUGAAAAGUGUCACAGGAGAACGGGAUUUCUCACCGUGUUUGAGAAAAAUCUCCGAUACGGAAAAUUAAUAACUUCCUCUUUUAAUUGAAUGCUUCAUCAGAAAUAUCACAAUAAUAUUUAUUCGGAAUUAAAGAAUUCAAGGACAUUUUUUUCCUGAUUAAAUAAUUAAUACUUCUAAUUCACAGCCUUAAAAAGGAAUAAAUUUUUGUAGAUUGCCUCGUUCCUCUGCGAACAUAAAGUCCGGAUAAGUAAUCGAUUCGCAUAACGCGAAAUCUGUAACUCUGACGAGCUAAUGCUAACUUAUUACACGGUGACACCAACGCGAAAGCAGUUUAUCGCGAUUACAACAAUUUCCCGUUCAGAAUUUCUGUUUGGGCAGCUUCUUCUCAAACACCGGGACACUCGCCAACUAAGCCGCGUGUACUCGUGUAUCUGACGUUUAAUGGAACUAUAGUAAUCCGUAGACUAAUUAAGGCUAGAGUUAAGACCAUAUAAAAGGCGAACGUUCCGUUUAUUUUUUUCUCGAUCGCCUCGUAAAGUCGCGAAUACACCUCGCGAUCUACAUACAUACAUAUGUAUGCAUUCGUUACGAUCAAUUUGCGUAUUUUGCGUGCGUUUAUGAAACCGGCUUACGAAUGCGUCCACUGUUUGUGCCGUUCUCGGUCCUUUUCUUAUUCAUCCCCCCGUCUCAUCUAUUUCCUUUAUUGUAACUGUAACGCAAAAACCAAUGAGGGGUAAAAAGCAAUGUAACUUGUUUCAUCGCGAACGAACCACCGGACGUACCUAUGUGAAUUUUUCCUGUAAAUAUUAGUAUGAUAGUUUCCGUAUGUAUGUACAGCCGCCAGCUUAGCUCUUACUUCUAGCUUCAGUUGUCUCCUUUUACGUCCUCUUUCUCUAGAUCUCUUUCUUCCGCCUUUUUAUUAAAUAUAGAAACGUAACUUGCAAGUAUAUCGACUCGGUGAUUUUUCUGUUUCGCUGAUUCGCAGGAUUUCCCAGACAGAAACCGCUGAGCACGGAAUUGGCCGUUUCCGCGAGACUAACGCGGCGAACUUAUUCUUCGGACCCGAUAGAUCUUAGGAUUUGAUAACGAUAACGUCUCACUCGAGAUCUCUCUCUUUCUCGUUUUCUUUUUUUCCUCUUUUCCACGUCGAGCGUGUAUAGCGAAAAGCGGCGAAACUUGAAGUUAAACGCGUUCAUUUUAUUUUUCGCGUGACUCAAUGAUAACAUAUUAUAGAAAUCGAUUGAUGUACGCGCGCAUGUAUUUUGAUUGCAAGCGCGUCCCGAUCGUAUGUACGAAUCUUUCAAUUUCGAGUCGACCAGAGGUGUUCGAUUGGGCUUCGAACGUCGAAGCUAUCAGACACCAGAAUGAACCCUCGUUUUAUGUAUGUAUGUACCGUUUCUACGACUCCCCCCCGAGGUUUCCUUUAAACUUCGGGUAGGAGCUACGAAUUUAUAAUUAAUAAUUAUAUAUAUAUACAUAAAUUACAAAUACAAAUUAUAUACAUACUACUACUGCAGUAUAGUAGUACGUAUAUACACUCAUACUCACGGGUACAUAUGUAUGUACAAUUUACUUACAUACGCGAAAUAUUUUAAGUAACCGUAUAGAAAUUUCAUACAUUGCUAAUAAAAAUGUUUAAGAUAUCUAAUAAAGUUAUAUUGUAUAUUCAGUAAAACGCGUGCUGUCUGUCUCGAUAUGUAGAUAGAGUGCCUGUUUAACAAGCCCCUUUUAUGUUAACUGUUUUCGUUGUAUAUGUACUUAAAUGGUAUACUAUGUGUUAAACCAUCCUCGUCCCUAUGUUUUAUAUAUACAUACCUGAUAGGAGAUAUAAGGACCUUUAAAACGUGCUUAAAAUGUUUCUAUGUCUGUAUUAGGUAUUGUAUGCUGAGAUACUUGUUCGCGCUUUUACGUUUCGCUUAUUAUGAUUUCAAAAUAAUAAAUAGGAGUGAGAAGGA